AUGGCCUUCUUUCAUUCUUACCAACAACAAGAACAUAGUCUGCCAAAUCCACAAGUACAAGUGAUGUGUCAACCAAAGUCUGUACGGUCUAAUGUACAACACGUUGCAGAGGCACCUCUCAAGCUAUAUCAAGCCUAUGCUGAGCCUUGUACGGCAGCGAAAUCAGUGCAGGAAGCGAUACCUGACAAGUUCUUACUGCAGCCUGUUCCAAAGAAUAGAAAGCAUCAGACAAGAGAAGACAAUGACAACAACAAUAGCAACAAGAAUAGCAACAAUAGUAGUAGUAACACCAGUCAAAUAGCUCCGAUUGCCAGCACAAGCACCAGCAGAAUGCCCAAGCCUCCGCUGACACCAUUAGUGAUCCCACCUACACCCAUCCGAUCCAGCUCUUCACCCAACCGAGCGAUUGUGACUCCCACACGUUCAUCCUCUAUACCGCACGACCUUCAGCUCACGCCUGGAUCAAUGACGCCUGGAUCAAUGACACCCGGGUCCUCUCGUAGUGCUUACUCACCCCACGGCUUUUCUCCUUUCACUAGCUCUCCUGUUACACCUUCACCCAACACACACUUGCCACAUACAGUUCUUCCGAUUGUCAAUCCUCCAGAUCAUAAAAUCAGCCAUAGCAGCAGCAACAGCAGCAACAACAACAACAA